AUGUCUUCGGUAACGCCAGACGGCAACCCUACCCCCGACACCAUCUCUCACUCUGGCGACUCAGGCAGUCGUCCUAUGAACGUCCGGUCACUUUCUUAUGCCAAGCGCCAAACUUCUACCUCCCUUGAGCAGGAGAAGGAUUCACUCGAAGAAAAGAAGGCUCAUCCCUCAGACAAGCUUGACGACGCGUCAGGCGAAGUCGAGCACGUCGAAAAUCCGGAUGGCGAUCUGGUGGUCGAAGUGCUACCGGAGUGGUGGCUCAGCAAAUAUCUACCUGGCUACUCGCCGAAACGCAUGCUCAAGUUCAAGAACCCGAAGAGCUAUUACUUGGCCAUCAACCUCCUUGCCGGCCUCGCUAUCCUCUUCUACGGAUAUGACCAGGGUGUUAUGUCUCAAGUCAACUUGAACGACGAUUACCUCAAGCGCAUGGGGAUAUAUCCUUCUUCGACACCUCGCAAUAGCGCAGCCCUCGGUGGCAUCGUCUCGGUUUACUACGGCGGCUCCCUGAUCGGAGCUCUUUUCGGCGGACAUAUCGCUGAUCGCGCGGGACGCAUCACCGCAAUCAUUAUCGGCGUCGUUAUAUCAAUUAUCGGUGCUGCGUUCCAGACGAGCGCGAUGAACAUCACCUGGAUGUGCUGUGCUCGCGUCGUGACCGGCCUCGGCGUCGGAUGCAUUGAUGCAGUCAUCCCUGUUUGGAGCAGUGAGGUUUCUGAGCACCAGGCCCGCGGAAGUUUCCUCGCUAUUGAGUUCUUCCUCAACAUUUUUGGUUUGGCCCUCGCAUACUGGAUUGAGAUCUUCACGAGUAUGAGCUCUGACCAGGUCAUGGCCUGGCGCGCGCCCAUCGGUCUCCAGAUUGUCUUCUUGCUCGCUAUCCUCAUUUUGGUUCCCUUCUUUCCCGAAUCUCCCCGCUAUCUCGCCAAAGUUGGCCGCAUCGACGAAGCGCGCGCUGUCUUGGAAGCCACCCGCUCCGGCUCCGUCGACGCCGAGCUGCGCCUGAUCGUGCAAAGCGUGCGGGAUGACGCGUCGCGCGAAAGUGACAACUCGUACUGGCGCAUGCUCUUCCCGAAGAGCGUGAAGCAGAAGGAGCUUCAUCGACGUGUCGUGCUCAGUGUGUGGCUGCAGAUCAUGCAGGAACUUGUUGGCAUUGGUGUCAUUACGGUUUAUGCCAUCGAUCUGAUCCAGCAAGCGGGCUUCAGCCAGAGCGAUGCAAAAUUACUUGCCGGUUACAACAACAUCUCAUACAUGUUCUGCGUUCUCUUCGCCGUUUUCACUCUCGAUCGCGCUGGUCGCAGGAGUACCAUGGUAUGGGGCGCCGCAGCCAUGGCUGUUUUCUUGCUGCUCGGUGGAAUCUUGGACAAGUUUGCCCAGGAGACGUUGAACCGUCAUUACGGCGGUGCUGUGGUUGCGCUCACAUUCUUGUACACUGGUACAUUUGGUGCAACCUGGCUCGUCACGCCUUGGUUGUACCCCACCGAGCUUUUCCCCACCUUCGUCCGCGCUAAAGGUGGUGCCUGGUCCGUUGUUGGCUGGUCCAUUGGUAAUGGUGUUGUCACCAUGAUCACUCCCUUCCUUUUCCAAUCCAUUGGAUGGGGUGUCAUGAUCCUCCUCUUCGCACUCAACCUCUUCGUCAUCCCCUUCAUCGUCUUCAUGUACCCCGAGACCUCAGGACGUCCCCUCGAGCAGAUCGACGAGUACUUCGCCAACUCGAACACCUACAAUGUUUUCAAGGGUUCAAAGCAGCUGAAGGAGGCUGGCUUCGCCGACUGGAGAUGGACGAAGAGAUAUGCUGGCGGCCGUGCCGCCAUCGCCGAGGAGAUGGGCGGCGGACUCGGCGAGAAGACCGUGCUAGGGAAGCUCAGGCGCAAAGCGUCCAACGCGGGGCUCAUAUGA